CAUGUAUCUUGAGGAUUGGUGUCGUACUCCAACCGAUGAACUUGUUCGACAGUCUACGAGUCCAUACAACCCCCAGCAAACAUAUACGACCGCAUCACAGCCUGACCUUGGUCGACGUUCAGCAAACUAGGCGCAUAGUUCAGGACUCGAGUCUGGUAUUGCAGGAUGCUGACUGGCGCUGAGAUAGCAAGUUUAGUCUUAGCGAUCUUGCCUCUCCUUAUAAGUGCUGUGGAACACCGAGACGUAGGUCUAGAGCCAGCGAAUGCAUUGAUCUUCCGCAAAAAAUACAAAAUAGCCCUCCGGUGCACAGUGGACGAGAAUAAGAUGCUUUUUCGGCAAUGUUGUGAGAAGAUACUAUCGAUGGCUGAGGUUGAAAACAUUGCAGAUCUGCUACGGGAAAAAGACAAAGCAAAGUUGACCAAAUUAUGGGACAAUCCUCAGAUGCAAAAGGCAUUAGACACCACUUUCGGUCAACAAGAUCUCACGGUCAUCCUAUCCCGCAUCCAUGAGAUACAAAAAUAUGUCAACAGACUCGAAAAAUAUUCAGAGGCUGGCAUAUUCGUACAUACUGUGCAGAGCACAAGUAGAGCAAAAGAUAUCAAGCGACUGGGAAAGGCCAUCUUGGCCUUGCAAAAUGUUUUAGAACGCGAGGCUCUGAGUAUCACGAUCGGUACGGCGGGGACGGCAUGGUACGAAGAGAUUGAGAGGAUGAAGUCCACGAGGACGCAUUUGCAGAACAUCUACGCCUGUGUCGAUCUGAGCUGGAAUUGCGCAUGCAAAAGCCACCAUGUCGUCAAUUUCCAAUGUAGAGAAGCACAAGAUGCCGACUUGAAGAUUAUACUUGCGCCCUUCUCUUCGCGCUCUGGAACUGGGAACAAACCGAGCAAAUCUCCCUGGCAGAUAAGACCGCUCCAGAUCAGCACUUCCAAGCGGACCAAGUCAAAUACGGCAUUACCGAAGACGACCAGUCUCUGUGAGUCUCUUCGUACCACAGGUCUACCAGCACUAGCAGAAACAUCUUCAGAUUACCAGUACUUGGUUCAAGUCUCAACACUUUUGCCCGAUCCAAAAUCACUUAUCCCGAUUUCGAAGGCGUCCAGUACAAGAUUGAAGUUGCCUAGAGAUCGCAUUGCUGUUGGGGCAAAACUGCUGAUAACUGUCUUGCAGCAGCAUGAUGUACCAUGGCUGCAGCCUGGCUGGACCACCAAUGAUGUCUUCAUACGAUCAGGAACUAACUGCUCCUUGUGUCCAUACUUUGAAGGUACAUUCAACACAACGAAUACGCCCGCCACAGAGAAGCCAUUCAAGCCUUUCUAUUCGCGAAAUCCAACGCUCUACAGCCUCGGCGUCGCUCUCAUUGAGAUUGUCAUGGGAAGCACAAUGGAAAAUUUGAUCAACGAUGACGACAGAAACAUGGCUUCGCAAGAUCCUGCCUGGACCCGCGCAUGUGCGGCGUUUCGUCUAUGCAGUGAACUUUCUGAUCAUCUCAUCCCACCCGCCUACCGGGACGCAACUAGAUACUGUCUGACAGGCGAAUUCGGCAUGGAGAUCAAAGGGAAGGAACUGAGUGAUGAUGAUUUGUUUUCUAUGGUCUAUAGGAGGGCUGCAAAACCACUGAUGGAAUUGAUUGCCAUAGGCAAUUAUUGAUCAGGACCGAUCGGUUAGACAUUGUUCUGCGGCGAGAGUUUGCAGACAUGACUAGCACUAUGUGUAGAUCUACGACGAGUUUUCGCAAGCUACACACUAUACUUGAUUUCAUCAUAAGCGCUAGAAAGCAACAAGAAAAUGUUGCUAUGCUGACAAAACCGCUCCUUCGUUUCUCUCUUGUCGGGUAUGCGCAAUAGACACACUCUUGAACGAAUUCAAUCACUACCACACUACCACUCGCCCAUACAACAUAAGUCUAGUGUAGAUGAAUAUC